AUGUCUCGAAACGCGCACGACGCCAAAGUCGACGAUAGUAUGAACUGCAUCCACGCAUCCAGCGAUACGGACUCUGUGCCAGGCGAUGCACAGAAGGGUGCGGAGAGCGACGCUGCGUCCGAUCCCGUCCCCGUCGACUGGGAAACAAGGCUGGUGCCACGCGACAACUACGACGACGACCCGUGGAGUCCACCGACGGAGUUUCACUACCGGCGCGCCUCGGAGAUACACAAAAUCCGAGAAGCGGAAGCACGCACAAAUAGAAGUCAUCGCAAGCCCCAGGCAAAGGUCGCGAAUGGAAUGCCGUGGUUUCGCGAUCUUGCACUGAGGUGGUGA